AUGCUGUCUAUAGUUGCUCGCUCAUCAAUUGUUCGUCUCAAUUCAUUGGCUACUCUUCGAGUAUUGACACGAGCUCAAUCGAUUGUCGUUGAGCAAGGUUCAGUAAAUCGACAACGGCAAGCAUUUAUUCGUAGUGGACUUGCAAUUGUCGCUAUUGGAGGCACCGGUUAUUUACUCAAUAAGAUUCUCAACAAUCCAACAAUCGUUGAAUCGACUACAGAACAAAACUCUACAAAAGUUUCGCUAAUCAAUGCUAUCAAACUUAAUCAAACCCUUUCAACUUCAGUCAAAGAACAUUUACGUUCAACUUAUGCUCAUUUCACUGGUGGUCUCGUCAUGACUGGCGCAUUUGCCUAUGUAUUUUAUCGAGCUGGCUGGUCGGCUCGCAUCAUGAAACUGAACAAAUGGGUCUAUUUGGGUGUGUCACUACUGGGCACGCUUGGUACUCUUCAUCAGACACUGAAAGUUAACGACAAAAAAUUUCCUAAACUCAAAUAUGCAUCAUGGACACUGUUCAAUGGUACUAUAGGUCUUUCCCUCGCACCUCUCUAUUUGAUGCAGCCUGCUAUUAUGGCUCGCGCUGCUCUUAUGACCGCAGGCAUUGUCGGUUCGAUCACUGCUAUUGGUAUGACAGCUCAACAUCAACAAUAUCUAUGGUUAGGAGCUCCAUUAAUGGCUGGUCUUACUGUUGUUUGCCUUGCAUCAUUCGGUUCUCUGGUGAUACCAAUCACAGCUAUUCGUACUCUCACCAUGGUAGAUAAUAUUUCUCUGUACGGCGGUCUUCUUGUCUUUUCGGGUCUUGUUUUGUGGGAUACACAAAACAUGAUUGAACAUGCUGAAAAUGUCGAAUCUACUAGUGAACUUUCUCCAAUUAACGAAACAAAAUAA